GGCCCGGGUGGCCAGGGAACCUGCAUCUGCCAAGCCCGCGGUGUGCGUGACGAGCCUGGUGCUCUACGGAUAUGGUCUCUGUCACCCGUGGAAAGGGGCUUCAGUUUCCAGAUGACCGACUCAGAGGUCGCGAGGCUAACAAGUGGGCCUGCCCGGCCCGGCUGCAGAACUCAAGGUGACUAUGGGCGCAUCCAGGCUCUACACCUUGGUCCUGGUGCUGCAGCCUCAGCAAGUUCUCCUGGGCAUGAAGAAACGAGGCUUCGGGGCCGGCCGGUGGAAUGGCUUUGGGGGCAAAGUUGAAGAAGGAGAGACCAUUGAGGACGGGGCCAAGAGGGAGCUGCAGGAAGAGAGUGGUCUGACCGCGGAUACACUGACCAAGAUGGGCCACAUUGUGUUUGAGUUCGUGGGUGAGCCGGAGCUGAUGGACGUGCAUAUCUUCUGCACAGACAGCGUCCAGGGGACACCCACAGAGAGCGAGGAAAUGCGGCCUCAAUGGUUCCCACUGGACCAAAUCCCCUUCGCUGACAUGUGGCCGGAUGACUGCUACUGGUUUCCCCUCCUGCUUCAGAAGAAGAGGUUCCACGGGUACUUCCUGUUCCAGGGUCAGGACACCAUCGUGCACUAUACGCUGCGCGAGGCAGACCACGUGUAGAGGCAGAACCAACCCCACCCCCACCCCGGAGAGAACCAGCUGCCGAACAGGCACCCUGUUAACUCCCAAGCACCAAAACACAGCCUAGGACUUUCAGUCCUAGGAACAUGAUCAGAUGGGAAAGAAAAUAAAUACCAUUUUUACCUUCUCAACAUUCCUCACCUAGCCCCACCACAGCCAGCCUGGCCCGUCCUCAGGAAGCCACUAGUUAGGCUGGGGUGACCCACGCCACUGGAAACAGGAGGGGAGGAGAUACAGGCCCACAGAUAAAGGGGACAGGUCUUCUGACUGUCCCCUCUGUGGACUGCUGGUAGAGGGGUGGCCAGCAUUGAUUUGCUCACUGCCAUGGACUCUUGUUGGGAUCACGGAGCUGGGCUAGUGGGCGUGUCCUCUCAUGACCCCCUUUGUGAUUAGAGUAGGGGAAACUGAGGCACAGGGCCCAGGCUAACGCAUCAUAACCUAGCCACCCUCAGCCCAAGAGGACAGGGCCGUUUUGGUCCCGAUUUCUGACCACAGUGGGGGUUUGGGGGCGUAAGGGCACCACCCAUUGACACAAAGAACUAAGAACUUUACCCAACUUUUAUAAAUGUUUAAUAGUCCAUGUUAGUUUAUUGAUGAAAAAUCUGGGAAUGCAGACCGUCUGUAAACAAUUCCAGUUUCUUGGGUGUGGUAGUAAUCGUAAUUGGUUCCUGCAGCCUGAUAAAGUGCUUCACACAUAAAACUAGCACAGCAAAGCAGGGGGAAAGGCCUCUGACACCCAGCGGCUCAGGGCUCAGAUCUCGUCUUCCCUUCCAGCUCUGCAUCUUCGACCAAUGACAAGUGUGUGUCCUUGGUCACCACUGAGGGAGCUGGGGGCAGGCUGCUCCCACCGCAGGCCUGGCAGAGGCAGUGCUGAGUUUCACUCCAGCCUCCCCAGAGUGGCAGGAAGGCUCCCAUUGGGAUGAUGCAAUCGGUGUCCUUUCCACCAAGCGAGGCAAGGCUGUGGUGGCACAUGGGACAGUGCUGGCAGAAGGGCGGAGUGCAGUGCCACCUGCCCUCCCAGCCUCCACCUUGCGGCUGGAAGUGGCUCUCUGCACCCUCCCCAGGACAAAACAGCAGAAAACUCCACCCUCCAGCUGAGAAUCCACCAACAGCCCCAGCUCGGGGCCCAAAGGAAAGCUUUGUGGGAAAAGGUGGGCUCUGCCAUGCCCAGCUGACGCGACCUUCCCUACGUCACUCCCCAGCAUCUUCCUGUUGACAUGUACAGUGCCCAGGGUGGGAGGGGUUAGACUAGAUAGCAACCCCCCAGAUGAGCCUCUGAAAAUGUGGUCAGGGCCACCCAAAAACCUGCACCUCGGCUCACCGCAGGGAGACACCACCAGGAGCAGAGGCUGGCGGGAAGUUCCCUUUAUAAAAACAAGCCCUUGGUGCUUGAAUUCUCCAGUGACCUGUAAGUAGUACCUUAGCCUGCAUGGGACACACUGCCUAACACCCCCUCCAAGCUGCUGUCCCCAGAGCGAGAGCUGUGCCUGUCCUCCCUGCCCCCCACAGUAUGGCCUGCUUGGGGUGUCUGUAGUUCUCCACUAUCCAGUGGUGGCCUGUCCCUUGCCACCCACAACUGGCCCCAGGCAGGUGAGCCACAGCCACUGAAACGACAGAAGAAGCCUGUAGGUCACGCUUUAUGGCUCAAGUGUACACAGUGCUGGGAGGGGCCAGCCCUGCGGGGCCGUUCAGAUCUGCUCAACGCAGCUGAGAACCUGUUUCCACAGAAGGAUCAAAAGGCAAACACAG